AGAUCGGAAAAGGAUGGAUCAGUGCGCGCUGUAUUUUGGCAGCAUAUGCGAAGAGGUGCUAAGUAUUGUGCACAGUAAUCAUCACAUUAUUGAAUCAGUGAACGGUGAUGUGACGCGCCCCACUAGAGUAACUGACUGCAAGCGACCUUCUUCAAACGUUGUGAACGUUACUGUGGCGUUAUAGUGUGCUGCAUUUUAGUGCCACUGCUUCGUAUUUCGAUUUAAACAGCUGUUCUUUCUACCCUCCUGGAUACAAAGGAGAUCGCACAUGUCUACUCCGAUGUUAAACGGUUGUGAACAGCACGAGAGGCAAGCGUACAACGGAUACUUCUUAAAAUGUAAUGGUGCAUAUCGGAAAUGGCGUUGACAUGGCGUCAUUUAUCAACUGGGCCGAACAUGUAUCCGCAACAAUGUUCAGUGACAGAGAACAGAAGGAAGUCUUUCGAAGGCUUUCGGUACCCUAAAGGCAAAGGUUAAAGAAACAAAACGCAAGAUGGGACCAGUAGAUUACCUACUUACGCUAGCAGUGUAUACAGGGUGAUCAUCUUUAAGUUUUAUGGGAUUAAAGAUGAAUAGCCUGUUCCAGAUAACAUAAUUCUAGGCCUUGAGCUGGAUUAUUCAUAGGUGUGGACAUUAUUUGCACAAGAAAUCGAAAUAAAUAUUCAAAUAAUUAACAAAAGUUCACUAAUUAUCUUUCAGAUUGGCACAAAUUGCAACUUACGAAUUGUAGCCGGGGAGUUUCAGAAUGACAGCAGUUUGAAGAUAUGCGUCAUCAAACUUUCCGUGAAAAACGCACUGUUGCUCCACGUACUAUUUUAACAAAAUGCUCGUUUGUGCAUUGAAGCACAAAAGUAACUGGAACGCCCAUGUAUCUUGUUCCACACUCUGGGAACGUCUCGAAACUGGUGCCAUCCCAGAAAUUAAUUUCAAGUGGAUACGUAUUAUAAUUUCACCAGCCACAAUUCGUAAAAUGCAAUAUGUGCCGGAAAGUAAUUAAUUAAGAAGUUCAUUAAAACAUCAUUAUUAGUAAGUUGAACAUGUGUUCCGAUUUCUCGUGUCAGUAACGUCCGCCUAUUUGAGUAAUCCAGCUCAAGGACAAGAAUUAUGCUUGCCACAGGCGAUUUCUUAAAUUUCUAUAAAAUUAUUAAUAAUCAGCCUGUACACUGUCGGAAGCAUCUAAGUUUGUUUAUGAAAGCUGAAAAGAACUUACCCUAACACAACAACGAAGAAGAAAUUGCCGUGUUUGAAAAAAAGAAAAAAAGAUGAGACGCAUUUUUGUACGUUUGCACCUUUUGUUGCCGUUCAUCUUUUGCGACCGGCGGGAACUAAAUUCAGCAAGCCAAUUAAUGGGACUGAUUCGUUCAUGCCAAAUUUUUUAAUGCGCGCGCAAACGAAAUGCACAACACGAAGAACACCGAAAGGAUUGCAGGUGCAGGACAGUGCGCGGUUAGCAGUUGUCUAGACUCUUAUGCGUCGUCAUAUGUAUAUCAUUGUGCAUAUAAGACAGGACAGAAAUCACAAGACAACACGCCGCUAUACAUCACAUCAUUCCUGUUCGCACACGAAAUCAAAUUACUUUGUGCAGGUGAUAAAUUUAGAGAUGGUGCACUGACACAAGCUCCUACACCCAGCUAAAGCGUGCUAACAUAGGCAUGAAAACAUCCAUGCAUUUUGUUCUGUCCCUGCGUAUUUGUCACGGUUCUUCGUGCUCUUCUGUUCACCUCAGCACCAUUUAGGAAGGAAGACUACUUUUUUUUUUAAUUCUCGCAGUGUCCCUAAAGCAGCUUUCGUGUAAAACAUCUUGAAGACUGAAGACAUCGCCGUGGCUAACAGUUUCUGAUUUGCUGGUUACGGCGUACGUCUCUUUGGCAAGGUACAGAAACCUGCCUAAGCGAAAGUUUACAAAACAGGCAACACUAAUCGAAUUCGAAAUUCCAGCAUCUGCAGUUUCUCUGGAAUUCUCAAUGGUGUUUUAAGUUGCAUUUACAAAAUCGCGAUGCCGCAUUCCACAGUUCCACUUUAGGCUCCGUUUCGCCAACUUGGACGUUGAGUUCUCCAAUUAUCCAUCCGGUCGGGGCCCCGGUUCUGAGCUUUAACCACCUUCCACUGAGUGAUUUCAUUUGUGACACAAACACAGUGCCACACUAAUUUGAUAUUAUCUUUUUUCUUGUCUCUAAAAUUCUGAUGCAAAUUCCGAGUUUUAUUUCUUGCAUCUUCGAGCAAUGCUGCACGAUUUCGCUCCUGUUUCUUUUCUACGACGUUUUUAUUGCUUUUUAUUUAUUCAUUUGUAGCUUACUGUAAAAGUAACGCCCACAUCUUGGAAGAUAGCUUGUUGGGGGUACGUGCCACAUCUGCCUUCGCUUUAGGCACACUACAAGCAACAGCAACAAACAUCAUCAUCAUUAAUAGUUAGGGUUAGCAAGCACAUUGACAUCAUUAACAUACAGGCCAUGACUUGCGUGUCGGAGGAGCAGCAGCGAGAACAGCGAUGGCGUGCGCUGAGUGAACAACUGUUGUCGGAGCCAGAGCUUGCGUUCCACGAGCAACGUGCCCACGACCUAAUCUGUGCGGAACUCGCGCGCGAGGGAUUCGCCGUUCGGCGCAACUACGUUUUCAGCACGGCCUUCCGCGCAGAGUACCAGUUCCCGCCUGAGCCAGCGCCAGUAGAGGGCAUCACUGUUGGACUUGUCUGCGAAUACGACGCUCUGCCUGGACUGGGCCACGCCUGCGGUCACAACCUGGUAGCUGCCGGCACUCUAGCAGCGGCGUCCGCCAUUCGUCAGCGCAUGGAGAAAGAACAGGUGCACGGUCGACUCGUGGUGCUCGGCGCACCAGGCUCCGAGGCUCCCCGGCCAUGUUGCAAGUCGCAGCUGCUCGACCAGGGCGAGCUGUCGGGUCUGACCGCGCUCCUUGCUCUGCACCCUACCUCAGCCCGCGAUCUCGGCUGCUGCCCCGGCAUCGACCAAGAAACUGCCGGGCAGUGGCUAGACGUGCGGUUUCGCGGUGCCGCGGCGCUGGACGCUGCCGUGCUCUCGUACUGGGUCCUCGCGAGCCGCUGCCGCGGCAUUGUCAGCCAAGGGGGAAGUAAUCCGUGCGAACCGACGACCCGCUCCGAGUCGCAGUACGUGCUCCUCGCCUCCGACGACGCGCAACUGGGCGAGCGGAGGCAGGCGGCCGAAGACGCUCUGCUGGGCGUCGCCAAGGCGACAGGCUGCUUCCUCGAGUGCCGCUUCGGCAAGCCCAGACCCCGGCCUGUCUUCAGCCGUACCCUGGAACAACUGUACUCCGCGGAGGUGCAGAAGACAGGCGUUCCCCCACCCUGGUUCUCGUGCUCCAGCGGCCAAUGGUACGGCGCCUGGUCGGACUGGGGCAGGGUGUCACGAGCGUUGCCCUGCCUGCGCGCCUCCUACACGCUGCCGGGUGCCUUUGGUGCGCCUCAUUCGCGCGCCUUCGCCGAAGCAGUCUCGACACCGCACGCACUGACCGCCACCUUCGAAGCCGCGGAUGCGCUGGCAGCCACUGCCCUCAAACUUCUCGUUCAGCGGGACGACACCUUAGUAGCCCAGCACCGGCAGCAACAAGCACAUGUGCCGCUGACACGCGCGCAGUAAAAUGAUAGAUAGAUCGGGUUGCAGCUUGUGCUGUAAGCGAGCUCCUAAAGUACUGCAAGGAUUUCUAUGUGUAUUUUCUCGCUGAUGCUGGGUUCCUCUCAGAUAUCACUCGAGUGUGCAGAAGUUUACACGAAGAAUGUUCAAAGCUUUGGGAUGGGGCUCUCCACUGGCUGCAUAGGUUUCCGCCCAGCAUUGUCAAAUUUAAUAAAUAUCUUUCCUUUCGUCUUUAGUCCCCCUCUCUCUCUUUCCCUUAGUAAAUAUUACGGACUUUAAUAAUCAGCCACGGACCCUUCAGGUCUUUCACCGGUUUUCAUAAAAUGCCUGAUCGGCUCAUCCGUGCAAAGUUUCACGCUGGCAGGUAUUCCCGUCCACCUUUGGCAAUCCUUGGAACACCGCUUGCGGGCUCCUCUCGAUAGAACUGCGUUCUUGGCAGCCGACGCUGCCGUUAGCAGGCGUCACGCGUGCCACUGGAAAGUAACAGUUUCGGACAGUAUAGCAUGGGAAGACUAGGACAGAUGUUUUCGCUGCAAGUGGCUCAACAAAUUACACUCGAAUGGGGUAAGAAAAAAUGCCAGGGGUGGCAAAAUGGUUAAAGAUAUAGUUUAGCAUGUCCAUGCUCAUAUUAUACAACUGAUAAAGAACUCUGAACUAACAACUCGCGUUCAGGUGCAAGAGAACACAGAUACCUGAGCUUGCUACCGGAAUGGAGAUAUUGUAAUACUGCUUUGAACAGAAUAAAUAAAUUAUUGACUUCUA